AUGUACAAAGCAACAAAAGAUAUUUCAAGCUUUGAAGAAAUAAAGUCUAGGUGUUUAAAAAGGAAUAAUAAAGUAUCAUUUGAUAAUGUUUCACGGAUUAUUGAUUUAUAUGAAAUUUAUCUUAGACAUAUAAAAUUAAGAGAUAAUUUGUUAAAUCAAAGAAAUCGUCUAACAGAUGAAAUCAAACAAGGGAUUGUUGAUAGGAGUGAUUCUUCUUAUCAGAAACUUAUCAAUUACGCUUCAGAAAUAAAAAAAAAAAUUCAGAAAGCUGAAACAGAUUUACGUUUUAUUAAAUUAGAACUUUUACAACUUGGUUUAACAAUACCAAAUGAUAUUCAUCCAUUAUCUCCUAUAGGUCCAGAAGAGAAUGCAAAAGUUGUAAGGUAUAUUAACUCAGAUAAACAGUGUUUUAUAUCUGAGCCAAAGGAUCAUAUUAUUAUUGCUAAUAUUUUGGAUUUAAUUGAUUUUGAUGCUGGAGCUAAAACUUCAGGACAUGCAUUUUAUUUUCUUAAGAAUGAAGCAGCGAUUAUGGAAUUAGCCCUUGUAAAUUAUGCUUUAAUAAAAGCAAUAAAUGCAGGGUGGAAGUUUGUUAUACCACCAAGUAUUGUUCGUUCAGAGAUUGUUUCAGCAUGUGGUUUUCAACCUAGGGACAACUUUAAUAAUACACAAAUAUAUUUUUUACAUCAUUCUUCUACAGAACCAACUCACUGUCUUGCUGGAACUUCAGAAAUUUCUAUAGCUGGUAUAGGAAUUAAUAAAACUUUAAAAGGUUCAGAUCUUCCAAAAAAAAUAGUUGGUGUUAGUCGUGCUUACAGGUCUGAGGCGGGUGCAAGAGGGAAAGAAUCGAGAGGUUUGUACCGAGUACAUGAGUUUACAAAAGCAGAAUUGUUUGCAUGGACUGAUCCUAAAGAAAGCGACAAAAUGUUGGAAGAUAUUUUAGAUUUGCAGGAAAAUAUUAUAAAAGAACUUGGGUUAUAUGCAAGAGUACUGGAUAUGCCUACAUUUGAAUUAGGUGCUUCAGCAUAUAAAAAGUAUGAUAUAGAAGUAUGGAUGCCUGGUCGUGCUGCAUGGGGAGAAGUUAUGUCGUGCUCCAAUUGUACAGAUUAUCAGACUAGAAGGUUAAAUACUCGCUAUAUAACCUACCCUGGUGACAAAUUGAAUUGGCCACAUACAUUAAAUGGUACAUUAGUAGCAAUACCACGGCUAAUUAUUGCAAUUUUAGAGACAUAUCAAAACAGUGAUGGAAGCAUUAGGAUCCCAACUGUUUUGCAGAAAUAUAUGGGUGGCAUGACAACUAUAAAAAAAGAGCAUGAUAUGUAUUAUCAUUUGUAA